AUGGUUUCUGUAAAUGAUACAAAUUUUUGGAUUGGUGCUAAAACUCAUCGAAACGGUUCGCAUAUUUACUAUUGGCCGGGUGGUGAAAACGUUGUGUAUAGCCACUGGGGAGGAGCCAUAGCCGGACAACCGGACGAUAGACGUCUUGGCAACCAAAAUUGUGUAUUUCUAAAUAACCGUGACCGGUACUUCUGGCAUGAUGACGAAUGUAGUGAACUGAAGACCGGUUUUAUCUGCGAAAUUUGGAAUGUCACCAGUGGCCAAAAGCAUUCUAAGUGUAUAAGCAAGGUAUUUGAAGGCUACACGUACGAUCCGUUCAACGAUUUCUGUGUGAAACUCCACUUUGACGACCAUAUUCACCAUUACACACAAGCAAUGGCCAAGGACGCGUGUAAAAAAGAUGGCGCCUCUCUUGUUACAUUAGAUAAUGAAUCAAAGAUGGACUAUAUUUUGCAAAACAUAUUUUCAAAUAGGCAAAAUGCUACGGAUUAUUGGAUUGGUGCAGAAGACAUACAUAAUAACAGUGAGUUUUAUUGGUCAACUGGACAAAAGAUUGCCUAUUCUCACUGGGGAGGACCUGCAUGGGCUGAUAACCUAACACAACCAGAUGAACUGUAUGGCGCUAUAAAUCGAAGAUGUGUUUACCUGAAUCAUGAACAUAACUAUACCUGGUUCGACAGAGAUUGCUCAUCACAUUUGACCGGAUAUAUUUGUCAGUACUUUGGCAACAAUUCUGGGGAAGUAUCACUUACAGACUGCACGUCCAGAUUAAGUAAGGGUUACUCAUACGACAGCUCGUCUAACUUCUGCAUCUCCAUUCACAAAGGAGAAAAUGUAACAAGAUCCCAGGCGCGACAACGCUGCUCCAUGGACAAGUCCACCGACCUCGUUGUAAUUGACAACAAUCAGAAAAUGGACUAUAUAUCAAAAUUACUUGGAGACAGUGCUGCAGAUUUCUGGAUCGGAGGAUUGGAUACGUUUCAUAAUGCUACUUUUUACUGGGAACCAGUCAACAAAGUAUUCAAUUAUACAAACUGGUUUACCGGGAUACAACCCUUGCCAAGUGACUGUGCAUUCCUGGACUACCAAAACAAAUACUUCUGGAGUACAACAUCAUGUUCCCGUCCAAUAAACGGAUAUAUAUGUCAGAUUUCGGAGAAGUCAAUCAAAUCACCGGCUUGUGAUACCAGUGGUGGUUACAAAAAUAUUGCGGCUAACGAGAACUAUGUUAUGUGUGUGAAACUGCAUACAGAAUCAGUGCAUCGAAGUGAAGCACAACAAAUAUGUGCUGGCGAAGGAGCAGUUUUAAUUUCCUUGGACACAGAUGAAAAGCUUCAUCAAUUACGUUACUUUUUAUCGCAAAACAACAGCACUCGACAUCAAUCCCUGGUUACAUGGACUGGAGGGAGAAGAAAUGGUACCAAUUUCUAUUACCCGAACGGUGUGAUCUCCCCUCUCCCUCUGUUCUGCGCAAAACAUCUAGGAACCUGCGAAUGUACUUACACAAGUAUAAGCAAGCAACUGAAUAUGCAUGCACAUACUAUAAAGUGUAACAAUUCUAAAUCACACAGUUUCAUGUGUGAAAGAACAUUUGCGCAUGGUGCAAUGGCUUGAUAUUUAAUGUACAAUCUUGAAAAAAAUAUUGUUAAAGUUCGGUUAAGUUUGUGUGUAUUUUAUGCGCAGCAAAACAUAUGCACGAUUGUUAUGUUUCCGUACCAAAGCUUACAAGUACAUAAUAGUUUUAACUCCGUCUCUUUUUUGAGAACGUCCUCUGUGAUUAUUUGUAGUAGAAAUGGAUCUGUAUAUACGUAAAUAAAAU